AUGUCGGGAAAUAACAACAAUGUUAAUUUUCGAGAUUGGAUGUACAAGAGGAUCGAUGAACGGACGGGAAAUUUCUCGGAAGAGUUCGUAGCAGGGGUGGAUCAAUUCAUGACAUUCGCCAAUAGUCAACCUCUCGCACAAAGCAAUGGGGGAACAAGUCAUGUUGAUCCGACACAUUUUAGUGGUAAUGAAGAAGUUGGUACUGAAGAUAUAUAUGUUGAUAUGGGUAGUAGUUACCCGGAUGGUAGUUACCAGAAUGUAGUAGACGAUGCAUGCAACCAUUCAAAAAAGUUUUAUGAUUUGCUAGAAGGAGCAAAAAAUCCUUUGUAUGAUGGUUGUCAUGAAGGUCACUCGCAGUUAUCCUUAGCUGCUCGAGUUUUGCAAACUAAGGCAGAUUAUAAUAUGAGUGAAAAAUGUGUGGAUUCGGUGUGCCAAAUGCUGAAUGACUAUUUACCAGAUGGAAACAUGGCAACCGACUCAAACUAUGAGACAGAAAAGUUGAUGCGCAAUUUAGGGCUCCCAUAUUAUACAAUUGAUGUUUGUAUCAACAAUUGUAUGAUAUUUUGGGAAGAAGAUGAAAGGUGGGAUACAUGCCAGUUUUGUGGUGCAGAAAGAUGGAAGCCGAGGGACAAACGACGUAGAACGAAAGUACCAUAUAGCCGUAUGUGGUAUCUACCUAUAGCUGAUAGGUUGAAGAGAAUGUAUCAGAGCAAGAAGACUGCAGCGGCAAUGAGGUGGCAUGCUGAACACCAAGCAAAAGACGGAAAAAUGUGUCAUCCAUCUGAUGCGGCCGAGUGGAAAAACUUCCAAGGAAUACAUCCCCAGUUUGCCGAAGAACCGCGUAACGUUUAUCUUGGAUUAUGUACAGAUGGAUUCAAUCCAUUUGGGAUGUCUCAUAAUCAUUCGCUGUGGCCUGUGAUCUUGACUCCGUACAAUCUGCCCCCGGGUAUGUGCAUGAAAACGGAGUACUUGUUUCUUACAAUUCUAAAUUCUGGGCCAAAGCAUCCGCGAGCUAGUCUUGAUAUCUUCCUCAAACCUUUAAUUGCGGAGCUAAAAGAAUUGUGGUCAACUGGAGUUGAAGCAUACGAUGUGUCCUUGAAUCAAAAUUUUAACCUAAAAGCCGUGCUUCUGUGGACGAUAAGCGACUUUCCGGCGUACGGCAUGCUUUCCGGAUGGACGACCCAUGGUAAAUUGGCAUGUCCAAUUUGCAUGGAAGAUACAAAGGCUUUUUAUCUGCCUAAUGGAAGGAAGACGUGUUGGUUUGAUUGUCACAGAAGAUUUCUUCCUUGUAAUCAUCCACUAAGGAAGAAUAAAAAGGAUUUCUUGAAGGGAAAACACGCCUUAAAUGAAGUUCCACCUGAUUCUUUAACUGGUGAGCAAGUUUAUUCUGAACUAAAAGGUGUUGAACCACCAAAAACGUCUUCUUGCGGUGGAAACGGUCAUGAAAAGAAGAAGCUUGGAUAUGGAAAGACCCAUAAUUGGCACAAGGAAAGCAUAUUUUGGGAGUUGCCAUACUGGAAGGAUCUAAUUCUUCGACAUAAUCUUGAUGUGAUGCAUAUUGAGAAGAAUUUCUUUGACAACAUCAUGAAUACUCUUAUGAAUGUGAAGGGUAAAUCGAAAGACACAAUCCAGUCACGAUUGGAUAUAUCAAAGUUUUGUGAUCGUCCACACUUACAUGUUGAUGAUGAUGGUCAAGCUCCAUUUCCUCCCUACACAUUAGACGAAGCCGGGAAAAAAAGUUUAUUGGAAUGUGUGAAACGUGAAGUUAAAUUUCCCGACGGUUAUGCUUCAGACUUAGCUAAUUGUGUUGAUAUAGAAAACAACAAGUUCUCUGGCAUGAAGAGUCAUGACUGCCAUGUUUUUAUGGAGCGGCUACUUCCAUUUAUCUUUUCAGAGCUCCUUGACAAAAACGUCCAUCGUGCGUUAUCAGGUGUUGGAUUAUUUUUCCGUGACCUUUGCUCGAGAACUUUGCAGAAAGAUCGUCUCCAAAUUCUAAAGCAAAACAUUGUUUUGAUCAUCUGCAAUUUAGAGAAGAUCUUUCCACCAUCAUUUUUUGAUGUAAUGCAGCAUCUCCCUGUACACCUCCCAUACGAAGCUGAACUAGGAGGACCUGUCAAUUAUAGGUGGAUGUAUGUCUUUGAAAGGAAUUUCAAAAAGUUGAAAGCAAAAGCAAAGAACAAAAGAUUUGCUGCUGGAUCGAUUGUUGAAUCAUAUAUCAAUGAGGAGAUAGCUUACUUUACUGAGCACUACUUUGCUGAUCAUAUACAAACAAAAUCAAGGUUAACAAGAUUCGAUGAAGGUGAAGUUCCUGUGUAUCAUGUCUCCGGAGUACCUGAUAUAUUUACGCAUGCUGGUCGUCCAAGUGGGGAAAUGCAAGAAAUAUGGCUUUCCGAGAAAGACUAUAAUUGCGCACAUUCAUAUGUAUUGCGAAAUUGUGAUUAUUUUCAGCCAUUUGAGAGGAUGUUUGAAGAUUAUCUAUCUACAAAAUAUCUAGACCUCUCCGAGAAAGAACUCUCCACAAAGAGAGCUGACGAAUAUCAUACAUGGGUUAGUUACUGGAGUAAUACACAUAAGUUUCCUGUGUGGGUCAAAGAUGUCGCGAGUGGACCUGUGAAUAAGGCCAAAAGCUGGCCCAUCUACUUCAGCAGAGGUUUCUUAUUUCAUACGCAGAAACAUGGUGAGGGACGAAAGACUUGUAACUAUGGGAUAUGUGUUAAAGGAGAGAGUUAUACAAAUGCAUCAGAUGAAGCUGAUUACUACGGAAUCUUAACUGAUAUCAUUCAAAUUGAGUAUGAGGGGGCGGUGGAUUUGAAAAUCACACUUUUCAAGUGUAAAUGGUAUGACCCUAAAAUUGGCAGAGGCACUCGGCGGAGCAACGGUGGCAUCGUAGACAUUCUUUCAUCGAGGAAAUACUAUAAAUACGAACCAUUUAUUCUAGGAGAAUACGAAGACAAAGAACCGACACUGUUACAACAAGACAAUGAUGAUGCUGUAUUGAUGACUACAAUUGAAGAUCUAGCAGUCGACCAUUUGUCGCAUGUUCGAAGAGAACCGAUAAAUCUCGAUAUUGAUGUCGAAGAUGAAGAACCCGAAGAUGAAUUCCAAUGUAAUAAAUCUUCUUCUGAUGAUGAUGAUGAUGGUGCUUUUUAA